UUUUUCUGUCGCGCUGCCUCUGACCGCUCCUGCAUACAGUUCAACGCAGCCCCUGUACCGGAGGAGGGGGAACAGUCGCAGACAGAGAGACAGAGAGACAGACAGAGAGCGAGAGAGAGACAGACAGACAGACAGACAGAAAGACAGAGAGGGAGGGACACCGCUGUGUGUGAAUCGCGUCGGCGCUGCCGUUGCGCACCAAACAAACCAGACGUGAACAUCCAGACCCAUAAACGCUCGCCACCUCCGGUUCAGCUGGAUUUACUGCAUGAGGCGUCAUCUGCAUCUGUAGAGGGAUAAAACUGAGUCUGUGCGGCACGAAGGUCAACGACUGAGGCAGCGAGAGGAGGCGGGGGAACACGGGAGGCAGCACCGUCCGUCCGAACACCGGGACCCCGCCCGGCCGCAGGUUCCCCCCGCUGCGCUGGAGCUGAGCUGUCAAAGCUGCAGAAAUGCCAAACGGGAAGAUGACGAAAGACCAGUCUAAUGAAGAGUGAGUCAAAGGAGGAUGCACUAAAGAAUAAGCACAACAGUGAGAGACAGAGGAGUCGACAAACACACUUAACAAAUGAGAGUGAACGGAAACGGAGGGAGCGGUAAAAUGUAUCAAAGAAACGCUAGGAGUUCUAUGAAAGAGCAGAGACAGAAGUAAAGGUGUACAGAAGGAAAUCCACGGACUGAUAGGACUGGAAGCCACAAAGGACAGAAGCUGGAAGCUCUGGAAAGGUAGGAAGGAUAAGCAAGAGUCUGGUUGAGGGAGGAAAGUUCUGGAUGGUCACCACAACGGCCAGCUGGUUAUCCCCCCUCCAAAGAUGGCUUCCAACUUUAACGACAUCGUCAAGCAAGGAUACGUGCGCAUGCGGAGCCGCAAACUUGGGAUCUAUAGGCGUUGCUGGCUGGUGUUUAAGAAGUCGAGCAGCAAAGGACCGCGCCGCUUGGAGAAAUACCCUGAUGAGAAGUCUGCCUACAUCAGAGCCUGUCCCAAGGUGACCGAGAUUAGCAAUGUCAAGAACGUCACACGGUUGCCACGGGACACCAAGCGGCAGGCUGUAGCCAUCGUGUUCACGGAUGACACGUCACGCACAUUCACUUGUGAAUCAGAGCUGGAGGCAGAGGAUUGGUUCAAGACGCUGUCGAUUGAGUGUCUGGGCAUGCGGCUCAAUGACAUCAGUAUGGGGGAGCCUGACUUGCUGGCUGCUGGGGUUCAGUGUGAACACACAGAGCGUUUCAACGUGUUCCUCCUUCCCUGUCCUAACCUGGACAUCUACGGCGAGUGCAUGAUGCAGAUCACCCACGAGAACAUUUACCUGUGGGACAUUCACAACCCUCGCACUAAGCUGGUCACCUGGCCGCUCUGCUCUCUGCGGCGCUAUGGACGUGACGCCACGCGCUUCACCUUUGAAGCCGGACGGAUGUGUGACAGUGGCGAAGGUCUCUACACCUUCCAGACCAGAGAGGGAGAACAGAUCUACCAGAGGGUUCACUCAUCUACACUGGCCAUUGCUGAGCAGCACAAGAAGGUCCUACUGGAGAUGGACAAAAACAACAGGUUGUUGUCUAAGAGUUCUGAGCCUCGAUCCUACCCCUGCACACCCACUGCCAUACUGCCCCGAUCAGCUUACUGGCACCACAUCACUGGAAACCAGACCAGCAUGGACCAUGGUAGUGGUGAUGGAUCAGAAGACGACCUUCUUUCCACCUGCUUUCCUCCUGACGGACAUGCAACGCUGCCAAUGGCGAGCGCACACGAACACUCCCAGCUGCACAUACGCACACACUCCUCGACACAUUACCCCACCUACCCUGGACAGUGACACACACACACACACACACAGAGAAAGACACACUGGACAUGGACGCUGGAUUUAACACAUAACCAAACGCAUGCAGCCAUUUAUAGCUCACACUGCAGAAGAAACACACACACACACUGUCACACUAGCAUUUGUUUUUACAGCCCAACAUCACACCUCACAGGACAUGUUGAUGAUGGGACUGAACACUGACCACCUGUAACACAUGCAGCAGGUGAAGGCAAAGGACUACACGAGGUUUGGGCUUCCUGACUGCAGCUCCCACUGCUUCAUAGUAGACAGGGAGGAUUUGACCUUUUUUUCUACACUCAGAUUGGCAUAUGUUGCCUUUAAGUAUGGACUUAAAGGGAUGUUCAGGUUUCUGUGACGGGAGGUUGCGUGAGGUACUGACACACAGUCAACGCUGACGGUGCCACAUACACCCCCCCUGCACUUAUUUAAUUUAAUUUAAUUUAUUUAUUUAUUACUGACCACCUUUCUUUUGUUACCUUGUUAAAGUGUCUUUGAGUGACCUGAAAAGAAAUAGAGAAAUCUGAUGGACAACGUUCUCACUGAAAACGUAGACACAAGGAAAGGCAGAUUUUAGCCACUUUAAAUGCUCACCCACUUAAAAAUCCAAGCAUGAUAUCCUCAGAAUAUGUUUGCACCAUCAUCUUACCUUUUUCUAACUGGAAACUGAUGAUUUUAAAACACUCUCUCGCGCCGAAGUCCAUAGAGAAAACCUGUGAUUUUACACCACAGCACACCGGAGGUUGUUGAUCCACUGCUGCCUUCAUCAUCAGUAACGUCAAAUGUGUUAUUUGUGACGUACAGUAGGUGUUUGAAAUCUAUCGUUUUAUAUUUUUUUUUCUUGUUUAUUAAACAAACGCAAACAACCAUACGUCAUCAACAACACUCUGAAUGUGUGUUCUUUAAAAAAACAAGAACUUUGCGGUGAAGUGUGGUGGAAACACAACCACACAGAUUACCAGGAGUUUUUUUUUCCCGGGUAAAUAAGUUCCUGGUAAUCCUAGAAAUGUUGGUGGAGAAGGCAGCAAUACACCUGCAGUUCUCCUGUUCUGUAAAGACAAAGAAACACUGAUUUUCUCUGUGGACUUUGGAGUGGGAGAGAAUGAGCGUUACUCCAGUUUCCAGGCAGAAAACAUAUUCUGGGUGCACACGAUGUAGUCAACGCUGGCUCUGUGUCGACACCUCUUACAACUGCUCUUUAAACAAACCUGAACGGUCACUUUAGAGCUCUCGGCAUGCUUUCAACCACAUAGGCUGUUGUGCAUGUUGUUCAACUACAUCUCAAUGCAGAAGUGUUUAUACAGUUUGCAGUUUGUUUGUGGGGAAUUUUCUUUUUCUGAAUUUGUGCCACACCUUGUCGUCAAUAUGAUAUCUGGUGGCAUGAGAUGCAAUCGGUAGCACAUGUUACACCAUUUGGAAAUGGGAAAACUCUGCUUAGGUUUGUUUUCAGGGAUCAGUGAUGAAGGUGUCUUUUUUCCACAGCCAGCAGUGAAACAAAAAAAGAACAAAAUACAAUUUAUCAUGGCACAUUGUACAUGUUUUUUAUCGUUUGGUACAUGCUAAAAGGAGAAAAUAGUUAUUUCCUUGAUGCCAAUGCUUGAUUUUAAUCCAUGUAAUGUGCAGUUUGAAUGACGUGAAAACCUAUUGCAGCACCGCGAUUGCCUUUAAGGAGAAACUGCGAAGAUUAUUCCUGUUUGCAACAUUCACCGCAUCUACAAAACAAUAAAAAUACCCCUCCUUAAACAAAGUCAGUCAGGAUAGUGUUGGAUGACACACUGUAGAAAACUCUAGAAACUAUGAUGUUUUUGAAGCAUAUCAAAGCUUGAUGCAACACUUUUAAAUGUGCCGAGCAGACAAGACAAAAAAAUACACAGAUACAAAUAAACAUUGAUAAGGACGGUACAAUGUAAACAUUAACCAUUUAAAAUAAAAAAUAGUUACACUGACAUGACUGAAAACGUUCGCCAGAGCAUAAAUUGAGCUUUCCUCCCCUUUUUUCCAACAUGGUGCUGCCACCUCCAGAAGAAAAUAAGAAAUUCAAAGAUCCUCUGAGUCCUUGAUGGAAAAACCCUUUUGUCUGUGAUGAUUGCUGACUUUCUCCCCACAAGCAAUCAAACACACACCUAGAUUGCACCUGCUUUCAAGAGGCGUUCAUCCAUAGUUUUCAUAAUUAAACACAUAAUUAGUUUCUCUUUACGCACCUCCUCACAGGGUUUAUGUGUAUUUGCUUUGCCUGUCCGUGCUCCUGCAGCAGCUCUGUGAUGGAUCAUAAACAGUAUAUAAAAAUCGACGCGGUUUUUCAGUUUCAGUUUGAAAAUUGAAGCCCAGGAAGGAGGACGAAAGUGAGCCCACUUCUCACUUGAAUUAUAAUGUCAGAAAACAGUUUCCUGAGGAGUUAAUGCUCUCAAUUGUCAGCUUCAGCUCUUCCUUAAUAGCAAAUUAUGUCAAUUUUGUAAAUUGAAGGAAAUAGAUGAUAAAUCUUGUGAUUGACAGCUGGUAUUGUCUAGUAUAGGUGCCCGGUUGAAGGUUGUAAAUCGUGGUGCUGGUCAAAUCGUAAAUCUUAAGGCUUAAAAAUAUUGUUUUUGUUUGCAACUAGAAGCCUAUAUCCAUUUUAUAAUUAACAUCUGAAAUGAGGUUCAACAUGUCUGACCCUUUCAAGGUUGUAGAUUUCCCCUGAAUGAAUACGGGUGAGCUUAAUUGGGUGUGGGAACUGAACCUUGUGUGGGUGAAAAUCUGUUACAUAUUUGUCUAAAUUUACUUGUGGAAAAUGCUGUUGUCUUUAACACUCUGCAUACAUCGUCUUGUGUCACUCUCUGAUGAGCUAUAUUAGUUUAGUUGGGGCUGAAAGGGAAGUGAGAAGGAGGUGGUGCGAUGCAGAUGAGUCAUUAGGUUUUAAGAUUCUUGAUGUGACGACUGUAGAAAAUUUAGCCCAGUCAUAAACAUGUGGGAACACACAUACACACACACACACACAUCUACCACCUUUACAUUAAUGUCUGGUUUGUGUCUCGCUCUGGGAAUCGCUGCAGCGCGUUUUCCACAUUGUACUCAGAAGUCACAGUUUCCCUGUCAUGAGGAGGUAAUUCCAUGUCAGCAAACUCCUCAUGUCCUGACUUCCCAGUUUAAGACGACUGCUCCGAGCACACGCUUUAUUCUGUCCUCGCUUUGCUCUUCUCUCCGUUUGGUCUCCCACUGGCGUCUGUGGACAUGUUGCUACGGUGUUUUUCUAAAAUGUAAAAAAUGCCAUGUAAUAUGUUGGUUAAAUAAAGACUUAGUAGAUUAGCUCGAUAAUUAGUGAAUCUAACUACGGCGUCUUGUUAUCCGGCUUGUGCACUUUACUCCACAUUCCCACUUCCAAGUCAACUGGAACGCACUGUUACAUUGAACCGUUUUUUGUUUACUUGUUGUUUUCAAUCGUUUUAACGCGACGGCUAAGCGAUGUGUUGGUUGUUACAUGAUGCAAUUGUGUACAGUAUAGAUGUGUUUUUGUGUACUGACUUGCUGUAGAACACGAGUUUGCUGCCCUCUUGAGAGACUCUGUGUAUAUUGCUAUUUAUAUGAAAUGAGUGUGCAUGCGUGAAAGAGAGGGGAGAACAUGGGACUUGCUGAGCUUGUGUUUUUUUUUUUUACCUUGGAAUGUUGAAGAAACAGAUGGUAGCCUGUCCACACUUUGUUCUUUACACCAGGGGUCUCAAUCUCAAAUAACCUGGGGGCCAAAGAGCGUCUACUCUGGUCAGUUGGGGGCCGCUCGAGUGAAAACAAGUUAAACGUUGUUGGGAAAUAGCAACCGUUGAGUCGGGGUUGGGCGAUAUUUGUUGGAAGAAAAUUCCCAAAAAUUCCAACAGUUUCUGAACGCUAAGAAGUUGCACGUCAAACCCCACAUAUGGUUAUUACGGUGAUUUCACUCGCACUGUCGCCGGAAGCCGAGAGUUGGAAAAACGCCUGUACAUACUGUGGUUUCCAUUUUUUGGCCUGUUUUUGGACAUAGAGACAAAGACUCAAACAAAUGUCAUUUUAAAUAUGUUUGAUAGUGCUCAAAUUUAACACGCAAAAUCUGCUGUUCGUGUACAACUACAGUGUUUGGGUUUUUUUUUUUGUUUUUUUUAAAUAAAACUUUUUGUUUUUCUUCAUUUUAAAUUGUUAAAACAUUAUUUUAUGGUUAAAAUAAGAAAAAAAAAAGUCCAGACGGACAUUUUGAGGCUUAGGUGUUAAAGGGUUAAUCAUAUUGCCAUUAAUAUUUCACAGAGUUUCACAAUAAAAGUGUCUUUUUUGACAUGGAACAAUGAAUAGUCCAUAGUAAAAAACAUAGUGGCCGCAUGAAUUUGAGUGGAGGGCCCGCAGGCCUUGAGUUUGAGACCUCAACUUUACACAUAAACAAACCUUUUUUUCUGCAUAGUAGUCGCCUUUUCCCUAUGAAUCUUAUUGUCCUUACAUCGAUCACAGCCACAUCCUCGACCUUCAUGCUUGUGCCAUGUUGCUGUUUUUUCUUUUGAUUUUUGUAAGAGCAAGGAAUUCAUCCAAGGGUUUGUUUGUUUCACGGAGAAAAACACAAAUGAGUGAAACGAGCGCUCACUCAUCCACUAGAUUUGAGUGUCUGACGACGUCGAUGCCAACGCAGAGCUAAUGAAGUCAGACUGAGGUUUGAACCAGUACUGAAACAACAAGCACAGAUCACAUCACAUAAAAAAUGUGUAUUAAAGUGAUAUGCAAAAAAAAAGAAAA